UUAGAUGCGAUAAAUCGACCUCCAAAUGCUCUCCCAUCAACUCCGGUACUACACCAGGAGGAGAAAAGUAGGCAGAGUUGACAGGAGACCAUCAGCUGCCGACCUGCAACAUCUUCCAUGCAGUGGGUUUGCAUUUGUAUAUGAAGCUCAAGAUCUUGGAAGUGGCAAAGAUUACGCUUUAAAGAGGUUAUUGUCAAAUGAAGAGGAGAAGAACAGAGCCAUCAUUCAAGAAGUUUGUUUUAUGAAAAAGCUUUCAGGUCAUCCUAACAUUGUCCAGUUCUGCUCGGCUGCAUCCAUAGGAAAAGAAGAAUCUGAUACUGGGCAGGGCGAGUUCCUUUUGCUUACCGAGCUUUGUAAAGGGCAGCUGGUGGAAUUCUUAAAGAAAGUCGAAUCCAAAGGGCUCCUCUCUUGUGAUACUGUUUUGAAGAUUUUUUAUCAGACCUGCAGAGCAGUGCAACAUAUGCAUAAACAGAAACCACCUAUUAUUCAUAGAGACUUAAAGGUGGAGAACAUGCUGAUUAGUAACCAGGGGACAAUUAAGCUGUGUGACUUUGGCAGCGCUACAACUAUCGCGUAUUAUCCUGAUUACAGCUGGACAGCACAGAAGAGAGCAAUAGUGGAAGAGGAGAUUACCAGAAAUACAACACCAAUGUAUAGGACUCCAGAAAUGAUAGACUUGUAUUCAAACUUUCCAAUCGGUGAAAAACAGGAUAUAUGGGCCUUGGGCUGUAUCCUGUAUUUAUUGUGCUUUAGGCAACAUCCAUUUGAAGAUGGGGCUAAGCUUCGCAUAGUCAAUGGGAAAUACUCCAUUCCUCAGAAUGACACCCGAUAUACUGUGUUCCAUGAUCUCAUUCGUUCCUCUUUGAAGGUGAACCCAGAUGAGAGGUUGUCAAUCACUGAACUUGUGAAUCAGCUACAGGAAAUUGCAGCUGCCAGGAAUGUGAACCCUAAAUCUCCUAUCACAGAGCUCUUGGAGCAAAAUGGAGGCUAUGGAAACAACGCUGUGCCUAGAACUUCUCCGAGUUUGGUGCCACAGAGCUCCAAGCCCGCAGGACAGCUCAACAAUAUGUACAAUGCAGGCCUGACAGUUGCAGAGGUCGACCAGUCUUAUGGAGGGUUCUUUGAUAUUCUCAGAGGUGGAACAGAGCGUUUUUUCACAAACAUCAAGGAUACGUCUUCUAAAGUUAUUCAGUCUGUGGCCAAUUAUGCCAAGGGAGAUCUGGAUAUAUCGUACAUCACUUCCAGAAUUGCUGUGAUGUCCUUUCCAGCAGAAGGUGUAGAAUCUGCCAUCAAAAAUAACAUAGAAGAUGUGCGAUUAUUUUUAGACUCUAAACACCCCGGAAACUAUGCUGUUUACAAUCUAUCUCCAAGAACAUACAGGUCUUCAAGAUUUCAUAAUAGGGUUUCUGAAUGUGGUUGGCCAGCAAGACGUUCACCAAAUCUUCAAAACCUUUUCAGCAUUUGCAAGAACAUGCAUUUAUGGCUAAAGCAAGAUCACAAAAAAGUUUGCAUUGUGCACUGCCUUGAUGGAAGAGCAGCAUCUGCUGUUGUAGUUUGCUCUUUUUUAUGUUUUUGCCGUCUCUUCACUACUGCGGAGGCUGCGGUUUACAUGUUCAGUAUGAAACGCUGUCCACCUGGCAUUUGGCCUUCUCAUAAAAGGUACAUCGAGUACAUGUGUGACAUGAUGGCAGAAGAGCCCAUUAUUCCUCACAGCAAGCCAAUCCUGAUCAAAUCCAUUAUCAUGACACCAGUUCCUCUGUUCAGCAAGCUGCGUAACGGCUGCCGGCCUUUUUGUGAAGUGUACGUUGGGGACGAAAGAGUGACCACUACCUCACAGGAAUAUGACAAAAUGAAGGACUUCAAAAUUGAGGAUGGCAAAGCUGUAAUCCCAUUGGGCGUAACAGUGCAAGGGGAUGUUCUCAUUGUGAUCUAUCACGCCAGGUCAACAUUAGGAGGCAGACUCCAAGCCAAGAUGGCUUCAAUGAAGAUGUUCCAAAUUCAGUUCCACACAGGUUUUGUGCCCCGGAAUGCCACCACAGUGAAAUUUGCUAAGUAUGAUCUGGAUGCUUGUGACAUUCAAGAGAAAUACCCUGACUUGUUUCAAGUGAAUCUAGAAGUGGAGGUGGAGCCCAGAGACAGACCCAGUAGUGAGCGAGCACCGUGGGAUAACUUGAACCUCAAGGGACUGAAUCCCAAGAUCCUUUUUUCCAGUCGGGAGGAACAACAAGAAAUUCUAUCAAAAUUUGGUAAACCCGAGCUGCCUAGGCAACCAGGGUCAACAGCGCAGUAUGAAGCAGAAGAGUCCAAAUCAGAGCAGUCUCCCGAAAGCAUACCUACUGAGCCGGAGUCUCCUCACAGCAUCAACACGGAUGUGAAUAACUUCUUCCGGACUCUGGAUUGGGAAGAAGGAAAAGCCCCAGAGGCUGGGGCAGAGGACCGCUUGGCCAGAGAGCACCAUCCCGGCCUGUGUGAUGACAGGGGUGAAAGUGAGCCGUCAGAUGAAGAAUUGGUUGCGUUCCCUAGUGAAGGUAGAACAGAGAUGGCUGAAGAAAAAGAAAAAUUCACUCCUCCAGAAGAAGAUGCAGAUUUAUUUUUUGAAGCCGAUUUUGAAACUCCCUCUGCCCAACCACAAGAACCUAACUUGGAAGACCAUGUCGAUUUACUGGGACUAGACUCUGAUGUGCCGUCAGAGCAGAACCAACCUGCCUCAGAGAUGAAGAGUUCAUCUAGCAAUGCAGACUUGCUGAACAAUUUAUUUGUGGAUAGCACGUCCAAGAUUUCAGAAGAGUCAACUGGGGACCUCCUAGGUGAAGGGACUGACUUCUUUUUCAGCAGUCAACCUCCGCCUUCAGCCAGUAACCAGAGCACGUCUCCACCCACAACACUGUCUUCUGCUGCUGAUCCAUUUGACCCAUUCACAAUGUCACGGGGAUCUGAGAAUCCGACAGUGUCUGGUCCUGAUCUCUUUGGAGACUUUCUUAAUCCAAAUGCAACAUCUACAUCUAGUAUAUUUCCUUCCACACACAGCGCACCACCUCCUUCUUCCAGCUCAGACUUCUUAAAUUUAGGAAAUUUAGCACCAGACCUCUCUAAAAUGACUUCCUCCGCAAGCCACCCAGACCUGUUAGGUGGCUGGGAUUCUUGGGCAGAGGCACCGGCUACUAGCAACAUAGCAUCCCAACAGCCAAAGAAGUCUGCAAUCGAAGGCCAAGCUCCUUCUGCAGGAAGCCAGACAAGCAUGCCUUCAGGACUGCCUUUCAGCCAAGCAAAAUCUCAGAACUUCGACCCCUUUGCUGACCUUGCUAACCUUAAAUCUGGUCUUCCAGGUUCUUCCGGUACUGGCUUCCCAGCUGGUGGAUUUGGUCAGAAGUCAGCCCCAUCCCAGAAAGGGGGGAAUCAGUGGCAGACAAAGAGGCCACAAAAUACGGGUACUUCGUGGCCGUCCCAGACUCAGCCACCGCAAGCGAAAUCCAGUGCACAGACUAAACCAAACUAUACUGUGAACUUCAGCGUUAUUGGAGGGCGAGAAGAGAGAGGUAUCCGAGCGCCAGGCUUUGGACAAAAGCCAAAAGUUUCAGAAAAUGAUUUUGAAGAUCUGUUAUCUAACCAAGGAUUUUCAGCUAAAUCUGACAAAAAAGGAACCAAGACAAUUGCUGAGAUGAGAAAGCAAGAAAUGUCAAAAGAUAUGGACCCUUUAAAAUUAAAGAUUCUAGAUUGGAUUGAAGGAAAAGAGAGAAAUAUAAGGGCGUUAAUAUCCACUCUUCACACAGUGCUUUGGGAAGGGGAGAACAAAUGGAAGCCAGUUGGCAUGGCAGACCUAGUUACCCCUGAACAAGUCAAGAAGUACUAUAGGAAGGCAGCACUUGUAGUUCAUCCAGAUAAGACCACAGGACAGCCUUAUGAACAGUAUGCCAGAAUGAUCUUCAUGGAAUUGAGUGAUGCAUGGUCAGAGUUUGAAAACCAGGGAUCAAAAUCCCUUUUCUAGAAUUUCGUCUUUACCGGAUUUUCAAAAUGUAUGUGCAGUAAAAUGGAACGGAAUAUUGUUGGUCUAAAUUUCUUAUCUCUAGGAUUUAGGAAAGAUUUGUGCAUGAUUUCAGCAGAGUUUGAAAUCAUGUGCUCAGAAGUGGAUGACACAUUUUGUAAGCUGUGGAAUGCAAAACAUAUGCUCUCAGAAAACAACUGAUCGACACUUGAGAAUGCUAGGCUGAAAACAGAUCUUUCCAUUCAGGUUUAAAGGUGGUGAAAUAAAAAAAUCUUGAAUAAUGUCCACUGAUUUUGGCAUAAUAUCAAAAUCAUAUGCCAUUCCAAAUCCACUGAUGAUUAUUUUUUGGUGUAAUGCUAUAAAAAGCGUAUGUCAUUCCAAAUCCACUGAUUUUGGGAUUUUCUUUAAAAGAAACACACAACCUCAAUUUGUACUUUGUUUUCAAUAGCUAUAUGAUUUUAUUUUUGAUGCUUUGGUGCCGUCGCCUUAUUCAGAGUGCUUUAGUUACAUUAUCAGCAGUGAACUUGCUCAGCAUAUCUUUUCAUUGAAUCUAUAAAGAGGUGUACAUUUUCAUCUGUGUUUUGUGUAAUCAUUCUGAUAAUCGUUCUGUAAAUAAUUAAAAUAUUUUCUGA